AUGGCCAGGACGCGCCGCCAUAUCCUGCUCUCCAUCGUCACUCUCUUGCACGCCGCCACCGCCGCCGCCGCCGUCUCGCCCGCCGACCUUCCCGCGCGCCUCCGCGACGAUGCCGCUGCGUUUGUGCCCGCGUGCGCCGCCUCGUGCCUCGCAUCCUUUCUCGCCGUCAACUACGCGCGCGGCGACGCGUCGGACCAGUUCCUCGACCUCGACUUUGUCUGCGCCUACCGCGGCCGCUCCGGCUACACCGUCAGCGAGGGCGCCGUGCAGUGCAUCGCCGGCGAGCGCAACGUCGGCUUCUGCACCAAGGCCGAGUCCGGAGACGAUGCCCUGCUCAAGGCUACGACCGUGUGCGACGGCGCAAAGGACGCCGCUGAGCCGAGGGGAGGCGUCAUGACUGCCACGCUUCGCUAUGGCCCGACGAGCGGCAUACUGACCUUUGCGCCCAUCACUACCUCCGAGUCUGAUAUACCCGUGCCUACAUCCCCCAAGAGCAGUUCGACCUCGACCUCGACCUCGACCUCGACUUCCACCAAGACUACCUUGACCACCGCCACGCCGACCACGAGCAAAACCACAUCUCAGACCACCACCAUCACCACCACCACCAUCACCACCACCACCACCGGAACCUCGAUAACCACCACCUCCGCCACACCAUCCCCGACAGACAAUGUCGCCGCCAGCCAACCACCCCUCUCCAAAGGCCAAAUCGCCGGCAUAUCCGUCGGCGCCGUGUGCAUCGCCGGCGGCCUCGUCCUAGCAGCCGUCCUGCUCACGCGAUGCCUGCUGCGCCGCCGGCGCCGCCAGCGCCACCGCAACAGCAGCUCCUCCAGCUUCGGCCCCAACGGGCCCGGUCCCACGGGCGGCAGCUACCACACGCCGACGCGCGACACCUGGGGCUACCGCUUCGACAAGUCGUCGCACUCCAACAGCCCAGCGCCCGCCGACCUCUUGCGGUAUCCCGCCAUGAGCGGUGCUGCUGCUGCCGCCGACCAUCCCGCAAAGGAGCUGUAUAACCGCGCCAGCUGGCGACCCAGCGCCAUCGGCCUCGCCAUCUCCCCGUCAAAGCUCUUCCGGAGCUCCCCGACGAAUACCCCCACCCGCACGCGCCCGCUGUCCAAGCUGCUGCCGGCCAAGCCCGACAUGCAGUCGCCGCCGCCGCCGCAGCCAACGUACCAGGAAAGCCACGGGGACCAGGUGCCCCAACAACAGCAGCAGUACCCGAUUGCCGCGCAGUUUAUGCGCACCGUCGCCCCGUCGCUGCGCGUCGUCAUCCCCGACACCAAGCUCUCGCUGCUGCCGGCUGUUGCCGCCGCCGGCCGCGACAGCACGCUGACCGAGUUUGAAGAGGACGACCUGCGGCGGUCCACGUCCUCCACGGCCGCCGGGCAGAUCUGGUGUCCGCCGCUGUCGGCGUCGGCGCCGCCGGAAUCCGCCGUCGCAGCGUACUACGUCGCCGACGGCCGCGGCAACUGGAUCCUCGGCGGUGAUCCCCGGAGCCCGCUGAGCGCCGGCAGCGCCCCGCGCAUCGCCACCGCGACCGCCGGCAUCGUCACCACGGCCGUGCAGACGCACAUCCCGGCCCCGCGCAAAUCGCCCUCCCACACCGCCGCCGCCCCCGCCUCGCCGCAGGAACUGGCCGCCACGCCGCUCCCCGAGGCCAAGACGACGCGCAAAGGUGACAGCCAGCGGCCGGCAUCGCCCCCGCGCAUGGCCCCCAUCACGAGCACGCCCAAGACAGUGCCGUCGCCGCUCUUCUCGAGACUGUCCAAUCCGCGGUCCGUCUCGCAGCCGGUGCCCAGCCACAACCAGCCUGCCGGACGGUCACUCACUGCGCGCCCGGCACAGCCGCGCGUGACGUCCACGGACAGCGGCAUCACCACCUUUAGCAUCUCCACCGCCGUGUCGGAGAGCCCCGUUGCGCAGCAGUCCUCUGUCCCGACAGGCCGGGCGCGCACUCUCUCCCCCGUCGCCGAAUCGCCGCACCACCGCACUCCUCCCCCUCCUCUUCCCACAGCCGUCUCCACCAAUUCCUCCAGCAGCAGCAGUCCGGGCCGCAGCAGCAAAGUAUUUACUGAUCCGCCACCCGGCACGUCCGAGUCCAGCAGCGGCGGCGGCGGCGGGGUCAGCCCCGUGUCGUACCCGCGCAUUCACAGCCGCGACCGGGUCUUGACGCCUGGAGUCGCGCCGUCACGCGCCGCCAGCCACGCCGAGACGACGCACCGCGGGCCGUCGCCGGCGGCAGUUCCGCGACAGCCGACGUGCGGCGGCGCGGACCCACGCGGUGGCCGAGGAGUCGGACGCGGCGGCAUGCCCUCGCCGGCCAUGCAGAGGCUGCGUCCGACGGCGCAUAUAGCGCAUGCCGCGCGCACCGGGUCGCCGACGAUGCGCAUCGUCGAGCCCUCUCCUGAGCCGCCCCAUCCCACCGCCGCGUCGCCGUCCCCGCGCGACGACCGCACACUUCUCCCGUCGUCGAGCGUCGUCGGUGCUCCCAGCCGCCCGCCGCGGCGACGCCCGCCGAGCAACCUGCCGCAUCCCUUCCCGCUGUAUCCCGUGCCGCGUGCGCACCGCCGUUCUGCGGCGCGGGCUGAACCCACACAGCCCAUCGACGACGACAGCUUCAGCCGGUACCCGAUGCCGAUGCCGCGACCGUACCGACCGCAAGACCGGGAGGAGCGCGCUCCGCAGCACGUCGCGUACGACCCGGCCGCGCAUGACAAUAGCAGCCAGGAAGCGCUCGCCACGUCGCCGUCGUCGCUGCUGACAAAACGCCUGGGAUCGACGCGCGCGGCCGACAUGGCGCUGGCGCCCAAGGAGCUGCAGCGCCGGGAUCACUGGAAACAACAGGAGGAGCAGCAGCAGAAGAAGAAGCAAGGGGGGGAUGGGAAGACGCAGGUCCCGGGGGGUCUUGGUACGCCGGAGCUGCCGAGCACGCCAAACUGGUUACCCCGGUUGACUCCGACACGCAGGGGCGAGGACCUGGUGCUCAAUGUGGGCUAG